AUGGGGCACUCAAAAACCCCUUCGGUCUCCGAGCAGGUGGUGGGGCGUGUCCCAGAACCCCCAGAGACUAGAAAUUGGAAGGUGAACAUCUACUGUAUCGGGGUCUGCUUCGGAGCUCUUGCUCUCGGUUAUGAUGUCUCCGUUAUGGGCGGCACAUUGAUCCUUCCCGCCUUCGAACGCGAUUUCGGCCUCCGGAAUAAGAGUCAGAAGGAACUCGACGACCUUACCUCAAACAUUGUGUCCUGCUUCCAAGCAGGGAUGUUCUUCGGUGCGCUGGGUUCACACUUCGCCUCGGAACGCUUUGGCCGGAAAAGAUGUAUAUUCUACGCCACCAUUGUCUUCAUGUGCGGAGCUGUAAUGCAGACUGCUUCUCAUGGCCUUGUUGGACUUAUAAUGGCUGGAAGAGCGAUCGCAGGUAUCGGCAUCGGUGGCACUGCUCCUGUAAUUCCCGUUUACAUUGCCGAGGUUGCACCACCCUCCAUUCGUGGGAGAUUGGUUGGGUUCUACGAGAUAGGCUCACAGGGAGCCCAGAUGUGCGGCUUCUGGGUUAAUUAUGCCGUCAACAGGACGAUAAGCUCGGGCACUCCGGCCCAAUGGCAGGUCCCUCUCGGUCUUCAGCUGUUCCCUGCCGUCGCCGUGCUUGCAGUCGUGCCCUUCUGUCCAGAAUCCCCGCGUUGGCUUGCCAAGAAGGACCUAUGGGAGAAAGCCGAGCAUAUUAUUUGCGACCUCCGCCAGCUGCCUAACAACCAUCCAUACGUCAUGAACGAGAUGAGUGAGAUCCGUGCUGAGGUCGAAUUCGAGGCACACAUCGCAGGCCUCAACCCUGGAACUUGGCUUCAGUUCAAAGAGCUGUUCAAGAAGGGCAUUCGCAACCGCAUCGGCAUUGGUUUAUGUCUGAUGAUGUGUCAGAAUAUGACCGGUGUGAACAUCAUCACGUACUAUUCUCCGCGGAUUUUUUCCACCCUCGGCAUUGCCAGCACUGAUCUGAAGCUUUUCGCAACUGGGUUCUACGGUGUCGCCAAAACACUCGGUAUGAUAAUCUUCUCGUUCUAUGUCGCCGACUAUCUAGGUAGACGCAAGGGUCUCCUCUGGGGCUCUGCUCUGGGCUGCAUUCCAAUGCUAUACCUUGGUGGUUAUGUUAUGAAGAAUGAUCCUGAGGCUGCAGCAAAAGCUGGCGUGACUCAGAUGUCGGGCUGGGGAUAUCUCGCCAUGGUCUGCGUCUACCUCUACGGAGUCAUCUACUGUGCCACUUGGCAGGGUAUUACAUGGCUCUAUGCAUCUGAGAUUUACCCCCUCUAUAUUCGAUCUCUUUGUAUGGCGCUUACCAUCGCCGACGAGCGUCUCUGGUCUUACGUUGUCUCCCGCUCCACUCCAUACAUGAUCUCAGACAUCGGAUAUGGCACUUACUUCUUUUUUGGCGUCCUCAUGGCCCUCAUGGGAGUCUGGGCCUGGUGGUGCAUUCGUGAGACAAAAGGUGUCCCGAUUGAAGAGAUGGACGCGCUCUUUGGAGCACCUGGUGCGAGACAUGCGCAUCGCUCUGGGAAGGACGCGACAGACCAGCUAGAUGACGAAAAGGCUGAAGCUGCGGAAGUUGAGGAUGCCAUUAUCGUAGCAAGGUAG